AUGCCCUCAAGUAGCUCCCUCAAACAGAAACGUAAAGCCGAUGAUGAAACUUAUUUAGUAGACUCUAUUAUUGACGAACGCUAUAUAAGAAAUCAGAAGUAUUACAAAGUUCGUUGGCAUGGAUUUCCUCCGAGCGAAGAUAGUUGGGAACCUGAAGCAAAUUUAACACGCGUUCGUGAAUUAAUAAAACAGUUUCACCUUAAAAAGAAACCGCCAUCUACUUCUCGUCAGCAUCCUUCCACAAGGAAGAAAUCUGAAACAUCCAGUGAGGCACAUACUUCAAAAUUUGUCCAAGGCUCAUCUUCCCCAAAUAGGCGACGAAUGACUAAAUCCCGAGCAGGCCAUUUUGAAUACGUACUCCAAAGUGAGCUUGUGGCUACAAAAACGAAGUACUUUGAUGAUAUUCGUGAUGGCAAGAUCGAUUUAACUUCGAACGAUUUAUACUCACGAGUGAAGACUAGGAGGCGAUGCCACAACGACACCCCUGGUCAAAAUGAAGAUGAAUCCCUUAGUCGACCCUCCAGCCUCACAGAGCUAAAUGAAUGUAGAGGUACUCUUCAAACUACGCCCACAAGACACAGUGAACCUCCUACACCAAAAACUUUUGUACACUCUCUUGCUGGGUGUGCGGAUGAACCCAAGUCUGUGAUUUCCGACUCAGCUCCCGGUCGCUUAUUCCAAUCCCAACUGGAUGAUUCGGCUAAAAGCGUUCCUACCACUUCAAAGCAAAGUUCGCUUCUACUAUCCGCUUCCCAACUCCACGUCAAGCGGCAGAAUGCUCCUCCUGAAAAUCAUGGUAAACGAAACCCUUCUUUUGAAAGUUGUCUGCCUUCUGCACCCAAAAUGGCUAAAGGCUCGACAGGAGAUUCUUCGGUUAACCCUUUGGAUGCGGAUUCGUCUGACGUAUCAACCGAAAUUGGAAUUCCAUCGAUUUCGAAUAAAUCCCUGCUAGAGAAAGAUCUCGUCGCCCAAUUAGUAACAAUGCCUAUCCAGUCGCGCCCAACUGUACCGUCUUCGUCGGUACUCAUGUCAUUUUAUUUGGACCUGACAAAUCGUUCCAUUCAUUCAACAACGAAUGGGAAAGAUCUCCUGUCAGAUUUUCCCAUAGUUCGGCCAAUUUCUGAUAAGGUAUCACUGAAAUCGCAAGAGGACCUUCUAUUUGCCAUUAAUAGCCAUCACUGGAGUCUCCUUGCUACUCAGCCUAUUGAAAAAAUUCCACUUGGUCCAACCAGCCCCGUGAAUACGGCAUCGCAGCAUCCUCUAGUUGCUGCUAUAACUGCUGGUGAAGGCCGACCGUUUCUUCUUCGGCGGUUGCUUCAGAGCACCAAUGACGCGAACUUCAUUGACCCUGUCUCAAAAUGGCCUCUUCUUAUAAUUGCUGUGUACUAUGGCCGCAUACAGGCUGCGCGAGUGCUUCUUGACCUAGGAGCUCAACCAAAUGCUUCAAUUCUCGUUGAGGAUAAACCAAGAACCGCUUUGGGGAUGGCAAUUGUAUCGGGGAAUAUUGAUAUGGUUUCUCUUCUCAUUCUCAGCGGUGCAAAUCCUUAUCAGGUCAAUGGUGACGCGAGUGCUAUGCAACUCAUUACCCAACUUCUCCAAGCCGUCACCCCAAAAACAUCCUAUGAAGCGACGGUGAAAGCUCCUUCGGGUUUUAUACCUGAUUCAAAAACAACCAGGUUACAACUUGAAGAACUACCAGAACCUUCUUCAAUCCCAAUCAUUGAACCUCCAGAAAACACGAUUCUUCCUCGUUCUCCUUACGACCUUCUUCCACCUCCAUCUUCAUUCACGUCGCCUUCCUCCACUUCUCUCCUGACAUCAUUCGAAGAUCAAAACACAUAUUUACCGUCUGCUGAUUCUCUUCAGUGUAUUUUCAAGCUUAUCAGUUCUUAUCAUGCACGUCUCUUUAUUGCUGUUGACCGUGUUGUAAACCGGUGGCUGUUCAACGUGGGAAUGACUGUUAGCUCAAGGCUGCUGCCAGGACAGUGGAUUUACCUAGACGGUGACUCUUUCACGCUUAACUUCCCGACUCCUCAGAUCCCAGUCUCGUCCAGUGAAACAUCGGUCCUUGUACUUUUCCUUGUUCAUGGGAUUAUAACUCCCCCGGGUUGUUACCACGUUUGGCUAGAUGACGAUGGGCCCUGCUUUGUGAAGCGAGUCUUUUUGAGCGGUGUGGAACAAAGACCUUUAUCACGGGAGUUCUUCGUUUCCACAUUGCUCCCAAUUGAUCAUGAGAAAGAGAAUCAGUGCAUUUCUGUCCACUACUCAGAUUGGGAGAAGGGUACAUGCAUAGUCCCCGUCGCACUUCGCCUUAAGUCAGCAACGGUUCAACGGUUCCAGACCAAAAGCGAGGACUCUCAACAGGUCGCGGAAAUGCCCCGUCUGAGGUCCCUCCCGUCGACUUCCAGUUUGCGAUCGAGACCGCAUUAA